AUGAUACGCUACGUCGGACAGGAAUUCUUCGGCCAGCAGGUUGUGGCAAACUUGGAUACUGACAUCAGCGACACAUCUGACCACGUGGUACUGCGGAUCACCACGGAGGGCAUGGACAUCGACGUAAUGGCGGACGCCCUUAAUCAGAACAGCCUCUCGACCAAGGACAGCAUGCUGUCCAACCCGAGCCACAACCCCGCGAAAUCCCUGCUCGCGGUCGACACGUUCUCCCGGGCUUUCCCCUUCCACAUCAUCUUUAAUCGUGACCUUGAGAUCAUCCAGGCGGGCCGGGUCGUGCUGCGCGGGUUGGUGGCGUACAAGCAGCAGCACGGGAGGCUGUUGCUGUCGGACAUGUUUGACAUCGUAAGGCCGCGCGUCGAAUGCGACUUCACCGCUUUCAUCGAUCACACGCACGCCGUGUUCGUAGCCGCGUCGAAACCAGACGUGUUCGACUUCGGUGGGAGGGCCCGGCGGGCAUCCGCGACGCCCGAAGAGGGAGGAGCGGAGGUGGAGACGCUGCGUCUGAAGGGACAGAUGAUAUACAUGGAGGAGAACGACUGCAUGGCAUUCCUCUGCUCUCCUCGCGUGCGCAGCCUGGAAGAGCUAGCGCAACACGGGCUCCACCUUUCGGACAUUCCGUGUCACGACAAGACGCGGGCGAUGGUGUUGAUGAGUCAUGAGAGGCGUGGCGAGAGGAGCUUGAUGAACAGGUUAGAGGAGGCGUCCAUCUCUCUGCAGGUACUGCACGCGAAGCUUAACCAGGAGAAGGAACGAACCGUGGAGGUGCUGAUGGAGAUUCUUCCGUCUAACAUCGUUGCGUCGUUGCUGGAGAACAAAUCCGUGGACGCUGAGCAAUACGACAUGGUCUCCAUCCUCUACUCUGACGUCAUGGGCUUCACGGCACUGUGUGCUAACCCGCUCGUGCGGCCCAUAGACGUCGUGCACAUGUGUGACAAGAUGUACAGCUAUUUCGACACGUUAGCCGUCACCAAUAACAUCUACAAGGCACGAACACUAGACUAA